AUGCUUUAUGCAUGUCGCUUGAUAGAUCUCGGUGUGGAGAAUCCGUUAAUCUGUCUCAAUCCGUUAGAGCAUCCAUUUCAACAUCAACCAAACAUGACUGCAAACCAUGUUGUGUUAAAAUGUUUACCAUCAGACAGUCCUUGUGAAGAAGAAUCGAAUGAUGCAACAGAAUUCUAUGUGAAUGAGUUUGGUAAACUUGUAGAACAAAUUGCUGCAACAAAGUAUGGUGAUAAGAACAAAACGAAUGAAAUUGAUCAGUUAAUUUUGAGUAGUACGUAUUGUUUCAAAAAUAUAUCUCCAAGUGGUAGUGGUGGUGCAAUGGCGAUGCUUAAGAUAUUAUAA